UUGUAUGCUGAUGAUCUCCAAAUCUAUACUCAAUCUUCUCUUGAAGAUUUGUCUAAAUCAGUUGACACUAUUAACGCUGAUCUGACUUGUAUUUCGAAUUGGAGUGGUAUGAGUAAACGUUAUGGUUUAACGAUUAAUCCCAAGAAAACUCAGGCAAUUAUCAUCGGUAGUUCUAGAUUAAUUAGAAAAAUUGACUGGUCUUCCCUACCUCCUAUUUUACUAGACUGCACUCAAAUUCCUUACAGUAACAAGGUUAAAAACCUGGGGUUGUAUCUUGACUCUUGUAUGUCUUGGACCUCACAGAUUAAUGAGGUUAGUAGAAAAAUGUUUGCUGCUUUAAGCUCUUUACGUAGAUUACGUAAUUUUCUUCCCACAGUAACUAAAGUUACGCUCGCCCAGUCUCUACUUCUACCUAUCCUUGACUAUGCUGACAUAUGCUAUCUUGACAUUACCGAGGAGCAGCUUAAUAAGCUUGAGCGCAUUCAAAAUUUAUGUAUUAGAUUCAUAUUUGGGCUUCGCAAAUAUGAUCACAUCUCUGAAUUUCGCAAACAGCUCAAAUGGCUCCCGAUCCGCCUUCGCAGGAAUACUCACAUUCUCUCCACUUUGUAUAGCGUGCUGUUUAAUCCUUCCACUCCUCAUUAUUUAAAAGACCGUUUCCAGUAUCUUUCCCUUACCCAUAAUCGGUUCCUUCGAUCCUCCGUCAAUCUUUCUCUCUCUACUCCUUCGCACUCUUCCUCCUUUUUUAAGAAAUCCUUUACUGUAACUGCUGUACGUUUGUGGAACUCUUUACCUCUCCACAUUCGUCGUGCUCAAUCUCUUCAUUCUUUCAAAUGUCUUGUUAAAUCGUAUUACUUAGAACGCUAUUAG